GUCAAAACUCAAGGUUGCUUUUAAAAUGCCGACCACUGUUAACAUUGAGAGACAUAAGCUUAAUCAAGCAAUGUACCAAAAACUAAAGAAGUAUAUAAUGAGCAAAAGAAAACGGGAGCAAGAAGAAAAAGCACAAGACGCGAUUGUUAAGCGUCUGCGACGUGAACGAGAAGAGUCUAAACGACAAGCCGAAAUGGAUACCGAGAAUUUGGAAAAUACUAAAAAUGAGAUUUUGGUAACCCGUAAACGCAUAGAAGAACUUACAUCUAGAAGAAAUGAACUGUUCCAGCGAUUAAAGCAAAUUGCAAGUGAGGAAACGAGUCUUCGUGAAAAGCAGAAGAGUGAGACUAUGGCUUACCUAGCAGGGAUGCCAUCUACGCAAUUCGGUUUGGAAUCAAAUAAUUCUGGCACACCAAAUCGAAUUACGAUGCCUCAACCUACAUUACCCACAGGACAACCACAAGCUGUUCAACAUGUCUCUGUGCCGAAGCAUAACUUGAAUACAAAUGGCCCUGCAUCGAUACCUAGUAUAAAUUCUGAAAAUCUGAGUGGUUCCCAAUCUCCUCACAGAACACAUCAUGCAUCUUUGUUUGGUUUGAAUGGGUCAAAGCCAGCUCAUACUACUAUGUCAACUCAAACUGGACUAGGUUUACCACAAACUUUAACUUCAAUUACGAAUAAUCCGUCAGCCACGAUGGCUGCUGUAGCGGCCGCUGUAGCAGCACAGCAAAGGUCAAUGCCGUCAUCCGAUCCAGGUUUUCCAUCCACAGCUGCUGCCGCUGCAUAUUUCAAUGUGAUUGCUUCUUUGGCAAAUUCAUCUCCUCUAACAGGAAAUUCCUUGGGAAUAGCGUAUCCUAAUGCUUCUGUUAGCCUCGCUGAAGUUGUUGCUGCUCUCGCUGCAUCAGGACUAUGUUCCCUUCCAGCACAUCUUUCAUCGAAUCCACCGCCAAUGUCGAGUGGGAAUUUGGUCCCAAAUUUUACAUUUGGCAAUCGCGCAUCUCCGUCCGUCCCAGAUGGUCAUCAAAACCGUGACAUUAUGACGGCACUUUCGUCAGGAAGUAUACACUCAAACUUACCUUAUCAUCAAAACAUAAUACCAUCAGCCAAUAUGUCAAAAAACCCUGCAGUGUCCAUUCAUCACAAUCCUAAUCUUGAUUUUUCCAGCUCUACACUGGAUACCGCAAAAGUGUGCUUAGCGCAACUAGCAGCAGCAGCUGCUGCUGGCAACAAUAACAGUGGAAAUCAUAUCAACCAACAAAAUGUCUUGCCUAGUAAUCAACAAUUGCAGAAAGCUCAUCAAAUUCUACGUUCACUAAAUGUUUCAAACCCACUAAUAUCUCCAUUAUUAAGUGGUAACAGUUCAGAUGUGGACAUUUCUCAAACUACCUCUACUCCUUCAUCAACACCUAUAUCUAGUAAUCCAUUACUACCACCAGCUCCAAUCAGUUACAGAGGAAGCAUUACUACUGGACAAUCCGCUCAGCAAAUCCAACUUCAACAACAAGCUCAUCAAAAGCAGCAACAUAACUUAUCAAAGUAUAUGACACAGAUCGAUUACAGUUCGGCACGUGGUCCUCCUGGGGUACAAAAUAUGGAAAAUUCACAUUUGUUGACACCUAGUUAUUCUGCUAAUAUUUCGUCAUCCCAAGGAGCAAGGUUCACUAAUCAACAACAACAGCAACUUCAACAGCAGCAACAACAAAUUAAUGCUAAUAAUCUUAUCAUGCUAAAUUUAACAUCUACGUCAACCCAUAAUAAUGCACCUACUUUGACCAAUACUGGUAAAUGUCUUACAAGUGGUCGUCACAUAGAAAAUAACCCCCUAAGAAAUUCAGUCAGUAACAACACAAGUACACCGAUUCAGUUCAAUCCAUCUUCAUCUGGUAUUACGUCAAUGACUUCAAACGGACCAACUCCUUCGUGUAUAUCGAAUAAUGGAUCUUCUGUUGCUUUAAAUGCAGGAAUAGCUCCAUUCGCUGCUGAUCUGAGCUCAUUGAAUUAUCUAACAUCUGCGACUUUAGCUGCAGCCUUUCAACAACAACAACAACAACAGCAACAGCAACUAAACAAACUUGUUAUGUCAGCAAAUAGUAUACCUUCUUCACAUGGACACCCAAAUGCUUCUGGACCACCCUCUGGUUCAUCUAAUAAUUCUGGGCGUCGAUUUUUUUAAAUUUCAACAUGUACAUUAUCACAUUCAUUUUCUAAUCAUUCAGUUACUUAUAUCUAAAAAUACACAAAUUUGUAUAUGAUUUUCGUAUUGACAAGUUUACUGGUUAAGGCUUUACCACGAGUCUCGUUUUUGGCUUUUACUAUUAUUGUAGCAUAUAUUGAAUGUAUUUAUGUAUCCUACUUGAUAAACGGAG